UUCCCGAUUAAUGGUCUCGUCCUUCACCUUCAAUGUCACGCCUGUACGGACGGGAACAUUGAACGUGCGUGUAUAGAGAUGAACCAUGCUUAAUUUUAGGUGUGUGUUUAAUUCGGCGAGCACUUUAUGCCGACAGCUGCUCGCGCCGCUAACUGUCAACGGCACCGCCUCACAGUGUGGAGUCAGAAGGCCGUUGUUCCUCGGCGCUGUGAGGCGUCAGGAGGCGGAAGCCAGCACGGGAGAAAACUUCAGCUAUUUCCCCCCUUUGCCCGGUCAAGACAGUCCACUGAGAUGGGCUGGGAAGAAGUUUGAGGAGUUGCCAAUCAUUUACAUAAAAGCAACAUACAACAACACACACAUCCAGCUAACAGACAGCGCAGGACAGUCUUUGGUCCGGACGUCCUGUGGCACAGAAGGCUUCAAGAACAGCAAGAAGUCGACGCCCGUCGCCGCGCAGACUGCAGGCAUCGCUGCUGCAGCGAAAGCCGUGGUAAAAGGAGUUACGUUUGUCCGUGUUGUGGUCAAAGGUCUUGGUCCUGGACGUCUGUCUGCAAUCAAAGGCCUGACGAUGGGAGGCCUGCAGGUGGUAUCGAUCACGGACAACACCCCAGUGCCACACAACGGAUGCCGCCCACGUAAAGCCAGAAGGAUCUGAUGCCGCAGAGCUUUGUAUGGAAGCCGUUUACUUGGACUCUGCUAUUAAAGUGUUUUGUUACGUAACUCUGCUGCCUUUGAGCUCUGCAUAUUGUGUUUGAGGGGAAACAACAGAUGUUAAUAAGCAGUUGCUGUUCCUGUUGACUUGUGCACAUUCAGUCUCACUGCAGGGAGCUUCAUCUGCUUCAGUUUUCACACUGUGGAAAAGAAGCGAUGUGCUUUUCUGCCUCUUACUUAAAUGUAAGUAAAUGUUGCAUUUGCAGAAUCGUUCAGUCUUCACAAAAAUCCUCUGAUUUUUGGUAAUACUUUUCUUUUGGUAUAACCAUUGAAGUCUACUUCAUUUGCGUGGGACAUGUCAGAACAGAACUGUAUCAAACAUUUACCAACGUAAAGAAAA